AGUGAAAUCUUUGAGUACUUCCUUUUCCGGCUGUAGAAGGCCCUAAAACCGAAGCUAUCUGGAAACUAGGAAAAUAAAUCCUAGAUAUCCCUAAAAAUGGGGUUUGUGAAAGUAGUGAAAAAUAAAGCAUACUUUAAAAGGUUUCAAGUAAAGUAUAGGAGGAGGCAAGAGGGUAGGACAGAUUACUAUGCCAGGAAACGCCUCAUCAUUCAAGAGAAAAACAAAUAUAACACUCCAAAAUACAGAAUGAUUGUUCGAUUUACCAACAAGGAUAUCAUCUGUCAGAUAGCGUACGCAAGAAUUGAGGGAGAUUACAUUAUAUGUGCAGCAUAUGCUCAUGAGCUCCCUCGAUAUGGCGUCAAGGUUGGGUUGACUAACUAUGCAGCAGCAUACUGUACAGGACUCUUGCUGGCCAGAAGACUUUUGAAGCAACUGAAGCUUGAUGAAAUCUAUCAAGGUCAGAAAGAAAUUGAUGGUGACGAGUUCAGCAAUGAGGAUGUUGAUGGCCAGCCAGGUGCUUUUAGAUGUUACUUAGAUGUUGGUCUCUUCAGAACCACAACUGGAGCCAGAGUGUUCGGAGCCAUGAAGGGUGCUGUUGAUGGUGGUCUUGAUAUCCCUCACAGCAACAAGAGAUUCCCUGGAUAUGAUGGAAGUGAAUUCAAGGCUGAUGUCCACAAGGACCACAUUUUUGGCAAGCAUGUUUCAGACUACAUGAAACAACUAGAGGAGGAAGAUGAUGAUGCUUACAAGAGACAGUUCUCUCAAUUCAUCAAAAAUGGCGUCAAACCAGAUACUGUAGAGACUAUGUACAAGAAAGGUCACGCUGCAAUAAGAUCCAAUCCUGAAGCUAAAGCUAAAGUAUCUAAAGAGGUUCCUAAGAAGAGAUGGAAUCGAUCCAAGAUGGCAAGUGCACAGAGGAAAGACAGAGUCAAGCAGAAAAAGGCGGCAUUCUUAAAAAGUAAAGAAGAGGCUGAAUAAAGACUGUGCUAAAUAAAACAAUCUGUCCUACCUAA